UUGCAGUAAGUGCCAAAGAUGGACAUGGCAGAAAGGCCCAAAUUAUAAUUGGAAUUUCAAAUAUUGUGAGUGCGUGUCGACCAUCGAGAGACAUCGCGUGGAUGAAUUAGAAAGCGGAGAACAGUAGACUCAAUGAGAGACAAAAAAGACACAAGAAAAAUGAGAGAGAAAAAGAGUUCCAGCUUUCAUACAACAAGAAUAAAACUGGUUUCUUUGUCUUCUAAUUCGAUUAAAAAAGCCUUCACAAAAGGCCAAACAACAAAUCCUCCCUAAUUCUAUCUUUCUUUCCUUCGAGUUGUUGAACAGAUAGAUCCCUUUUGUAGUUUUUGCUUGUGCUUAAAUGGAAGGUAGUAGUUAGGUUCAAGUACAUGGGGUCCAUAUGGAUUUCUGGGUCACCCUUAUUUUCCUAUCUAAUGGCAUCUUUCUUGUGAUGCAACUUUUGUUUCUAUCAUUUUAGUCAAAGGGGAAGGCUUAGGGCUGUUUGUAUUAUUGUGUUGUGUGUCUUUAGGAGAUGCAAUCAGAUAGGUCUGAUUCUUCGGGUCCGAUAACCCAACGUGUCAACUCUUUGGCCUCUGCUACUGAUACUAGAGGAAAGCAUAGGAUACAAGCCGAGCUCAAGCGCCUUGAGCAAGAAGCUAGAUUUUUAGAGGAAGAGUUGGAACAGCUUGAUAAGAUGGAAACUGCAUCUGCAGCAUGCAAGGAAAUGCUAAGCAAUGUGGCAAGUAAGCCAGACCCUCUACUGCCAAUAACUAAUGGCCCACUAAAUCCGUUAUGGGAUCGAUGGUUUGAAGGCCCUCAAGAAUCAAAAGGUUGCAGGUGUUGGAUACUCUGAUAUUGAUUGCUGAUUUCAGGCGUUAUAUUGAUUUCAGUUGGGCAGAGGCUUCAGCAACAUGCAACAAUUUUUUAGCAAUACUUUGUCAUUGGCAGUGUUUGAUUUACUGUUCCAUCGUGUAGAAAAUAACGAUCUUAUAGCAACAUUUUCUUCAUUGGAAAAUCUACAAUCAAAUGCUUCAUUGUGAAAAACAUGACAAAUCCUUCAGGCCAAUUCAAAUGUAAGAAACAAUCUACAAUA